AUUAGGGUUAGUCCUAGCCUAAUCUAAACGACCUACCUAACCUAUAGGAAGUGCCACAUCAGCAGUGACACAUCUUGAUGCGCCGCAGCCAACGACUGGCCGAGCGCGGAUCCGCAGGAGCCAAGCCUCAACAGGAACUUAGCACCCCUCGGAUUCCGCGCAGGCCACGUACGACCAUGGCUGCUACCUCUGACAACAGUGCACCAGCUAGCCCCAACAGGCCGGUUACCCCUCCUCUCCCAAUUCAGCAGGCCGAUGAAACGCUCCUAGCGUUCCUCGACCGUCUCCAUCUGUACUCGGAGACGACGGCAGCUGACCUACGCAAGUGGGAAGAAGAGGAAGCCGCCCGCCAGCAGGAAAUACAACGCCAGCAGGCAGAGGCAGCAGCAGCACGUCAGCGGGCCGCAGCAGAAGCUGCAGCAGCCGCACGGUUGCAACAGCCGCAGCUCGAGGCAGAUCAGAACCAGGCUCGUUACCAAGCCACGAUGGAUCUUGCUCACGACGAAGCCACAUAUGUCAGGCUACUUCGACAACAGCAUUUCCAGGAGACCGAAGAACAAGACCGACCAACCGAGGAAGAAAGAGACACGGAAGGGACAACAGUACUAAUGGAGACUCUGUUGUACACGUGCAAUUGGCAGCAACGUGAACUGCUCGCCACGGGGCAGGUCCUCAUCCGCCAUGAAGGCAACUUCAAGGCAAUGGAUCAGAACAUCACUGCCCUGCAGACCGACACCGGCAUGCUGCAGACCGCCGACAACCAACAGCAGGCCAACGACCGACUGCAGGACUCCGUCGAUGCCGGGAUGGCACGACUAUCCACAAUCGAGUCAACGGGCGGUGCAGUUUCAGACAGAAGCCCAGCUUUGGCCGCUCAAGCCAAACAGCUCGAUGAGCGGAUCAACCACUUAGUCGCAUCCCUCGGCGACAUCAGCAAGUUUGCUGGAGCGUCGACAGUCAGCAAUCAGCUGCAGACGCUCAGCGACCGCGUUGACCAACGACCGGCCGCUGCCGCCAAGGAAUGGAAGAUCGAGAAGUUCGACGACUAUCACAAGAGUGAUCCGCUGCAAUGGUGGAUGGCGUUCAACGCGGAGGCCGACGUACAUCAUACUCCGCCCCUACGGCGGAUGGGCGCGUUGUACCUCCAACUUAUAGGCGGGGCGCAAGCAUUCAUGACGCACAUGGCCGUCUCGCUCGAAUGUACCAUUGCCACCCUCCACACAAAGAUCAUGUGGGAGGAGUUUGAAAAGAAGUGGAAGACCCGGUUCAUGGUGAACAACGACAAGCAUCACGCCUUGAACAAGAUCUUCCACAUCUUCGAAGGCCAGCAACCUUCGCGAGAAUGGCUGACGGAGUGGCAAAGACUCGUUGCCACCCUGGAGUCGAACCUGCCGUUCGACUCAAUUCGAGGUGAGUUCUUCGUCCGAUCUUGCGACGCCUUGACAGCUGCUCUCGGCAGCGAAUUUGAGUAUAAGAACUUUGACGACAUGAUUGCCAAAGCUAGAGAACUUGUACAAGGUAACCGGCGUGCGGAUAACGAGGUCCGCAAACAGCCCGGUUACUUGGAGAAAGGCAAGGGACAACGGACGCCGCAAGUAGCAGCAGUCCAGCAGGGAACAAGUGAGGACCACACAGCCGCUUCAACAUCAAGUGAUGGAGAUGUGGUGGCAGCGAUACCACCGCGACGCACGAAACCCCGAGGGGGAAAAAAGGCGAAAGAAGCGUCGGCGAAAGAAGCGUCGGCGGAAGGAGCACGACAGGCACCAUGGACGAAAUUUGGCAUUACCGAAGAAAUGUUCAAGUUGCGACAGAAAUGGUCAUGCUCAUGCGAGGCCGUGUCUUUCGACAUAUUGGACACCAAGUUCGAAAUGAUCCUAGGCAUGUCGUGGCUGCAAAGCGAAGACCAUCCGGUGAACUUCCAUCGACGCACCGUUCACGUUCGUGAUCGGCGCGGCGAACUAGUCCCGUGUACGGUGCCGCUUCCUCAUCCUUCCAUUGGUUGUCACGUGGUAUCCGCGGCGAGCAUUCGCCAAUCCAUCCGGCGGAACGACAUCGAGGAGAUGGGCAUAUGUUUUCUUCACGCCCUCCCACCCGGUGAUCAGCCCAAGACGGAUACAUCGGACCCACGCAUCAUUGAGCUGUUGGACAACUAUGAGGAUGUCUUUCAAGCUCCCACCGGAGUCAUACCGGAUCAUCCCAUACGCCACAUGAUCACUCUCGAGGACGGCGCCGUACCUUCACGCGGAUGUAUCUACCGCAUGAGCGAAGAGGAACUACAAGUGCUUCGGGCACAACUAGACGACCUCUUAGCCAAGGGCUGGAUUCGCCCUAGCUGUUCGCCAUACGGUGCUCCCGUUCUCUUUGUCCGGAAGAAGAACAAGGACCUACGUUUGUGCAUCGACUACCGAAAACUUAACGCGCAAACGAUCAAAAACGCCGGCCCUCUCCCUCAGAUCGAUGAUCUUCUCGAGCGACUAGGCGGCGCAAAGUACUUCUCGAAGCUUGACCUCAAGUCCGGAUAUCAUCAGAUUGAGAUCCAGCCUAGAGACCGGUACAAAACCACGUUCCAGACGCGAUGUGGGCACUUUGAGUGGAUCGUCAUGCCUUUCGGUCUCACCAAUGCCCCGGCUACUUUCCAAGCGGCUAUGACGACGGAAUUCCGCGACUUACUCGACCGCUCCGUACUCAUUUACCUCGAUGACAUCUUGGUUUAUAGUCGGUCGCUGGACGAGCAUCUCGAGCACCUUUGCGCCGUAUUGGAGCGGCUUUGUAUCGCCAAGUACAAGGCRAACCGCGACAAGUGCGAGUUUGCCCAGCAAGAGCUGGGGUACUUGGGCCAUUACGUCACGCCGCAAGGCAUUCGUCCUCUCGCGGACAAGGUACAACCUAUUCAAGAUUGGCCGGACAUCAAGUAUACUACCGACGUCCGCUCCUUUCUCGGCUUGGCAUCAUACUACAUGCGCUUCGUCAAAGGAUUCCAACGUAUCGCUGCACCAUUGUCGCGACUUCAGUCCCCCUUGGUGCCCUUCGAGUUCAGCGACGAGGCCCGACAUGCGUUUCACACGCUGAAGACGGUUUUGCUUCAAGCUCCCGUCUUAAGCAUCUAUGACCCGACUUUGCCCACCAAAGUGACAACGGAUGCUUCAGGUUAUGGCAUUGGCGCGGUUUUGGAAUAGCAUGACGGUACAGACUGGCAUCCGGUUGAGUACUUCAGCCAAAAGGUGCCGCCCAUCAACAC